CUCACUCUCUCCCCCAGACCCGGGAUGAUGUCUGCUGUCCUCAAUAGCACCGACGGCACAAAGGGUGAGCGCUCCUGCAGACAGACAGACAGACAGACAGGCGAGGAGAGAGAGGGGCGCAGCUGCCCACACCCACACAUCCAUCUGUGUGUGUGUGCGUGUGUGCAGGUUGUGUUGAGAGGGAGGAUGCCGCCACCAGCGGGUGCCAUGACGAGUUCGACGACAACUUCGAGCCUGGUCUGUUCCUCUGCCGCGACUACGUGUGCUAUGAGUUCUCAUUCGACCAGUACGGCGUCAAGCAGCGGCUCAUGUCCCUACCAUCCAAACAGACGGACUACGACCUCACGUCAGCAGAGCAGCAUACACACAGACAGACAGACAGACAGGCACAAGGACAGAGCGCUGUCUGAUGUUUCUGAUUGGUAUUCUGAUUGUUUCUUUCUGCUGUCUGUCUGGUGGUGUGAGUGCAGGGGCCAGAUAAUAUGGCCCGCCUCGCACACGAUGUGCUAUAUGAUACUGGCCGUAAGGGUGCACUCACUGCACAGACGACACCACACGAAACGCAGCCAACCUCCACACAUGGAUGGAUGGAUGGCCGCUCCCUGCCUGUCUGUGUCUGUCCGUGUGUGCAGAAUAGCCAUCUGUUCAACUCGAGGAGGGUGCUGGAGCUGGGUGCCGGGGCGGGGCUGCCCGGCCUGUUGGCCACACGAUUCGCUAAAGAGGUAGGCAUGAGCGAAUGAGUGGAUGAUGGACAAACCUAUGAGAGUGUGUGUGUGUGUGUCAGGUUGUGCUGACUGACGGUCAGGAGGAGAUCAUUCCCCUGCUCAACCUCAAUGCAACCACAUACGCCUACACAGGUGGGUAGGUGUGUGGGGGGUGGUUGAGUGGUCGCACUGCCCUCAUCCUUGUUUAUGUGUCUCUCUCUCCGUGUGUGUGUGUGUGCAGAGCAGCGGACAGAGAGGGGCAGCUCGACCGGCUCGCCAUCAAGGUCGACGUCAUCGGCCGCACCACGUGAGCACACAGACACGCGCACACUCAGAGAGAGAGAGAGAGAGACAAAGAUGACUUGACCAUCUUAAGGCAGGCCAUCCAUCCAUCCAUCCAUGUGUGUGUCGAUUGCCUGACUGACAGGCCCCCCCUGCGCCGUGCACGUGCUGCCGCUGCAGUGGGGCUACAAGACUGCCGUCAAGGCGGUCAGGCCGCUGCAGCCCAAAAGCUUCGAUGUCGUCAUGGGCUCUGACAUUGUCUUCUGGUCAGUGACUGAGUAGACGGACAGACAGACAGACAGACAGGGAUGGCAAACGAGCUGUGGUGCGCUGUGUGGCUUUUGAAGGCCCGAAGCGAUCCGUCCGUUGCUCGAGACUAUAGAAUACUUCCUCAGCGCAAAUGUACCCAACACACACUCACACAGAGAGAGAGAGAGAGAGUGACUGACCUGUAGAUGUGGUGUGUGUGUGCGUGUGUGUGUGUGUAUCAGGGUGUGGCGAUCAUCUCGUACAUCAACCGGUGCGACCUGGUCCACCGGCAGUUCUUUGACAUGCUCGCCGACUUCGGCUUCAUCGCCGAACACGUCUGCAUGUCCACAUUCCUACCGGAGCACUUCCCCGUCUCCCCACACGCAUACCUUCUCAAGGUACCCCACCCACCCACACACAGAGAGAGAGGGCGUCUUACACCAUCGUGAGUCCCCACAAGCGAUUGUGUGUGUGUGUAGAUAACUCGGCGUGUGGGCGUGUCCCCUCGUCCGAAGAUCGGCAAGAAGGGCUCGUUGAAGCAGAACCGGUCGAUCGACGGCAUCGCCAGCUAUGCCAACAGGCAGAUCUCUAACAGCGGCAGACACAGAAUGGGACUCGAGUGACUGGAGUGACGGAAUGGGUGGUCACGGCAUGAGGAUAGAUGUAUUUAUAGGGUAAACUGGCUGGGGGGCUGGGUCGGGUCGAUAUAUGGGGAGAGGGGGACCCCUCACGCGGGUGUGGUGUGGGGUGGUGGACUCACUCACGUGUGAGUGUAUAUUCUGUCUGUCUGUCUGUCUGUCUGAGCGUCUGUCUGUCUGUGUCUUGGUGGUGGACUCACUCACGUGUGAGUGUAUAUUCUGUCUGUCUGUCUGUCUGAGCGUCUGUCUGUCUGUCUGUGUCUUCCUUCUGUCUGUCUUGUUGUAAAGAAAGGAGGCCCCUCCCCCCUCCCCCUCCGGUGCACACUGUGUAUGUGUGUUGUGUUUAACUAACCACACAUUAUGAUGCCCACCCCACCCCACCCCACUCAGCGUAGCGCUGACUGACUGACUGGCCUAAACUGUGCUGUCGGUGUGCCCUCUCCCUCUCCCUCUCUCCCUGUCUGUUCGUCUUUCUGUCUGUCCGUCUUUUUGUCUGUCUGUCUGUCUGUCUAUCUAUCUAUGUGUCUGCAUCAUGACACACGUGUGUAUGAUUUUUCUUCCACACACACCCCACCCCACUCCACCCCCUCCCCCACCCACCCACAUCGAUGUCCGUACAACGGCGAGCCAGCCAAGCCAAGCAUCAAGGAGCCCACACACACACAAGACGUGUGUGCCUUCCUGGUGUUUGUUUGUCUGCCUGUCUGCACACGUGUGUGUGCAUAUGUGCGUGUGUGGGCGGGCGAGGCGAGGCGAAGCGGGGCGGGGCGAGGCGAUUGCAGGGAGGGAGGGACGAUGUAAGGCACUGGGGCGGUUUGAUUUUUCUCUGCCUGUCUGUCUGCCUUGCCGUCUGUCUGUCUGUCUGUGUGAUGUGACAUGCCCUCCAUGGCAUGGAGGUGUGCGUGGUCUGCGUCUGCAAACUCACACGCAGAUCAGAGAGGGGGCCCAAUCGGCCUCUCUCACCGUAGCCGGCCAGCUGUUUAAGUGUGUCUGUGUGUGUUGGUUGAUAUCUUGGCUGCCGCGUCGACACACACACAUGAAGGCAGCCACUUCUCACUUUCUCUCUCUCUCUCUCUCUCUCUUGCGCUCUUCGUUUUCUGACCACACACGCCGAUCGAUCGCUUUGGCACCGACCGCUUCUCUGAUGCCCGCACGCACGUCCAUCGCACACCAUGCCAUACCAUGCCACUCCACUCCACUUCAUAGCACAUCACAAGACCUCACACAGACACGCGUUAGCGAGUUUCAUUCAUAUGGACCGUUGGCUGGUUGUUUUCUCUGUCUGUCUGUCUGUCUGGGUGGGUCUUUCUCGUCCGUCCCUGCAUCCAUCCGCCCCCUUUCCAAACCAUUUUAACCCACAGAAAGAGAGAGAAAGGAGAACCCGCACACGUGCACGAUGGUCUUUUUUUCAGAGUGUGUGUGACGUGCCAUUCUUUCGCGCCAAGACACGCACGCACACAGGUGUAGACAUGUGUGUGUAUGAGACGUGUGCCUGUGGGGGUCGAUUGCCGGCUUUUUGUGAUCCUGAGAGGGAGGGCGGGAGGGAGGGGAAAAGACCACAGGGAAGUUUUGCGUAAGAUUGUGUGUGUGUGUGUGUGUGGUGGCCUAUUGGCAGGCAGGCAACUGUGUAUGUGUGUGUUGGUGUGCUGAUGGUGAUGUGUGUGUGUCAAAGCUGCGUGUGGUGACUGGUUGGCUGAGUGAUCGACCGACCGACUUGGGACACACUGUUGGGUGACUGUUGGGUGGGGGGUGUGUGUGUGUGGACUUGUUGGCAUGUCUGCGGCAACAUUCAUGAGUCUAAUGUGAUCAGGGUGUUAAUUCUUUUGUGUCGUUGGUUGGUGACACACGCAAUGACGGCAGCCUUCCUGGGUGGCUUUAUCUACCUGGCAGA